AUGUAAGUACUUUAACCAAUUAACGAUCACUAAUAACCCGUAAAAAUUACAUCAGAAUACAUAUUUCAAGAAGCUCCUUUGACUAGAUGUAUUUAUCAUCCACAAUACAUACGUCAUUUUUGUAAAGAACCAAAUUGUUUGAUGCCUUUGUGUUAAGAUUGUAUUUAGGUGCAUCCACAUUAACAUUCUCGAUAUAGUAUAUCAUAAUUCCUAAUUUAUUAGUUGAUUCAAUUGAGAGUACAUUAACAUAAGUUUACAAAGGUUAUGCGAGUAGGGCAAAUGAAAUUGCUACUCAUCAAACAGGUGAUAUCCUAUAAAUCAGACAAGAUUUACAUAAAUUAAUUGAUACUAUUGUAGAUGAUGUAUUGAAUAAAGCAGAUUAAAAUUAUCAAUACAACUUAAUUGUGUAAUGGAGGAAUCUCUUAAAGAAACUAGAAAAAUUAAAAGACCCAAAUUACUGUUUAAAAGAAACUAUACUAUAUUUUGCAGAUCAAGAUAAUUAGAAUCCUUAAUUGAAAUAUUAAGGUGUUCCUAUCUAAGUGAAUUAUGAAGCAUUAGAAUAAGCAAAGUUCCAUCUUCAUCAUCUAUUCAUGGUGACAUUAGAAGAUGGAGAAUACUUCUUCAGACCAGGUGAAAAAACAGGUGACAAUCCUAUAAGAAGAGUAUCAAGAAUGAUAUAUGAUCCUGUUUUAUCUACACAUGCAGAUUAUCAACCAUAUAAUUAUAGUCCACAAAGGUUGAUGGUUAGUUAACCAGUAUAAUAAAUACCUUAAUAAAUUAUUUAUCAAACUCAAGUAGCUCCUCCAGUAUAAACUUAAUAACCACCAAUUGUUUAAAUAGUCCCUUAAGUUUAACCAUAUACAUAAACUUAUAUAUAAUAACCAUAACCAUUAUCAUUUACAUAACCUCCACCUUAACCACAACCUAUUGUGAUUAAUAAAACUGAACCUCCUCAACCUUUAGUUUAUUAUCAAGAAAGUCCAAUCAAAAUGGUUUAACCAAAAUAAGAACCUGUAAUCUAAUAAAUCACAGUACCAUAACCAACUAUUUAACAACAGAUCCCUUAACCAUAGAUUAUUUAAUAUGUUUAACCUGUAGUUAGAGCACCAUAAUAAACCAUUCCAACUGCUUAUACAGUCUCAGCAUCUAAACCUUUUGCUCCUUUAUAAGUAUUAUACAUUCAUGAAUUCUUAGCAGAGUGGAGAAUACUCACAUCCAUACCCAUUAGUACAGUAAUGA